AUGGAGUCAGAGGGCGAUGGAGUCAGAGGGCGAUGGAGUCAGAGGGCGAUGGAGUCAGAGGGCGAUGGAGUCAGAGGGCGAUGGAGUCAGAGGGCGAUGGAGUCAGAGGGCGAUGGAGUCAGAGGGUGGAGUCAGAGGGUGAUGGAGUCAGAGGGUGAUGGAGUCAGAGGGCGACGGAGUCAGAGGGUGGAGUCAGAGGGUGAUGGAGUGAGGGUGAUGGAGUCAGAGGGCGAUGGAGUCAGAGGGUGA